AUAGCCACACUAGGCUUCCCUUCAAGUCCAUUUAAGGUACCUGCUUGAAAUUUCAGUAGUAAACCCCACAGUAAAAUACAACACCUUAAUUACUACUCCUACAAAACAACAGAGUGCAUAUUUCAAUUAAAUAGAAGAGUGAGAGAGGUAAUAGGUAGGUCGAAGAUAUGGCAUUAUCUUCGGACAAAGUAGUAGAGACAGUAAUAGCUGGAAAUUAUGUAGAGAUGGAGACUGAAGGUAAGCCUAAUAACGUUAAGUCCAAAAUCUCAAACUUUUUCUGGCAUGGUGGCUCUGCUUAUGAUGCUUGGUUUAGCUGUGCCUCCAACCAGGUAGCUCAAGUUCUACUGACGCUGCCAUACUCAUUUUCACAACUAGGAAUGCUUUCUGGAAUUUCAUUUCAGCUGUUCUAUGGUUUAUUGGGUAGUUGGACAGCUUAUCUCAUUAGCAUCCUUUAUAUUGAGUACAGAACAAGAAAAGAAAGAGAAAAAGUUGAUUUCCGCAAUCACGUCAUUCAGUGGUUCGAAGUUCUUGAUGGGCUCUUGGGAAAGCAUUGGAGGAACGUCGGUUUAGCGUUUAAUUGCACUUUUCUACUCUUUGGAUCAGUCAUUCAACUCAUUGCUUGUGCAAGCAAUAUAUAUUACAUAAACGAUAAUUUGGACAAGAGAACUUGGACUUAUAUCUUUGGUGCUUGUUGUGCCACAACAGUCUUCAUUCCUUCUUUCCACAAUUAUAGAAUGUGGUCUUUCCUUGGAUUGUUGAUGACCACUUUCACUGCUUGGUACCUUACUGUUGCAGCAAUACUCCAUGGCCAGGUGGAGGGAGUGAAGCACUCGGGACCAACCAAGUUGGUGCUAUAUUUCACAGGAGCCACAAACAUUCUCUACACAUUUGGGGGACAUGCUGUUACUGUAGAGGUAAUGCAUGCAAUGUGGAAACCACAAAAGUUCAAGGCAAUAUAUUUAUGGGCAACGGUGUAUGUGUUGACACUGACUCUACCAUCAGCAGCAGCAGUGUAUUGGGCAUUUGGGGACUUGCUACUUGAUCACUCCAAUGCCUUCUCUCUUCUCCCUAGAACGCCUUUUAGAGAUAUGGCUGUUAUCCUCAUGCUCAUCCAUCAGUUUAUAACAUUUGGAUUUGCUUGCACUCCCUUGUAUUUCGUAUGGGAGAAGGCCAUAGGCAUGCAUGACUGUAAGAGCCUCUGCAAGAGGGCUGCAGCCAGGUUGCCUGUUGUCAUUCCUAUAUGGUUUCUGGCCAUUGUUUUCCCUUUCUUUGGGCCUAUAAAUUCAACAGUUGGAUCACUUCUAGUUAGCUUUACUGUCUAUAUUAUCCCUGCGCUUGCUCACAUGUUCACCUUCAAAUCUGCUGCUGCCCGUGAGAAUGCUGUAGAACAACCACCGAGAUUUGUUGGAAGGUGGGCCGGCACAUUCACAAUCAACAUAUUUGUUGUUGUUUGGAUAUUCAUUAUUGGAUUUGGAUUUGGUGGUUGGGCUAGCAUGCUCAAUUUCAUUCAUCAAAUUGACACAUUUGGACUUUUCACACCGUGUUACCAAUGUCCAUCUCCCAAACAAUUCCCCAUCCCACCACCACCCUACGCCGCCGCUCCUCAGCCUGCUCCCGCCAACUUUACUCACCCUUGAGCUAACUGUCGCAAAGAAGCCUAAUUGGCUCUUUUUGCAAUUAAGAAACCUAAUUGGCUCUUUUUGCAGUUCAGAGGGCUAAUUGGCUCUUUUUUGCAAUUAUGAAGCUUAAUUGGCUCUUUCUGCAAUUAAGAAGCCUAAUUGGCUCUUUUUGCAACUAAGAAGCCUAAUUGGCUCUUUUUGCAAUUGAGAAGCCUGAUUGGCUCUUUUUGCAAUCAAGAUUUGCAAUUAAGAAGAAGAGGAUUUUGAGUUUCUUUUACCACCAGCAAUCUGCGUAAAUUAGCCACCCAAUUUUAUUUUUAUUUUUACCUUUUCUCCGGGAAAAUAAAAUCUUAGCUAGAUUUGGAUAUUGGUUGGAAUUUGUAAUGGAGUAUGCCACAAUUUUUUGCAA